UCCCUCCGACCGCCUUCCGUUUCAAAACCUCCACCACUCCCAUUCCCAAUUAUUUUUAUUUUUUUAUUCCCCUCGAACCCUUCUUCACAACUCAUCCUUAUUCACUUUACACCAAAACACACACAAUGCGUUUUUUCUCCAAAUCAUCUUCCGAUGACACGUCAGCAUCAUCGCCAUCAUCAUCCACCGUAACCGACGGUGGUCCAGCUAGACCUAUCCGUCUAGUAUACUGUGAUGAAAAAGGAAAGUUUCAUAUGGAUCCUGAAGCCGUUUCGGUACUUCAGCUCGUUAAGUCGCCAGUCGGCGUCGUUUCGGUGUGCGGCCGUGCUCGCCAAGGCAAGAGUUUUAUUCUAAAUCAGCUUCUUGGAAGGAGUAGUGGAUUUCAGGUGGCAUCGACUCAUCGUCCAUGUACAAAAGGGCUCUGGCUGUGGAGCACUCCUAUAAAGAGAACGGCUCUUGAUGGAACCGAAUACAACCUUUUGCUAUUAGAUAGCGAAGGAAUAGAUGCUUAUGAUCAAACGGGUACAUACAGCACACAAAUCUUCUCCCUAGCUGUCCUUUUAUCAAGCAUGUUCAUAUAUAACCAGAUGGGAGGUAUUGAUGAGGCUGCACUUGAUCGCCUGUCUCUUGUAACUGAAAUGACUAAGCAUAUUCGCGUAAGAGCCUCUGGAGGAAAGGCCUCGGCUACUGAGCUUGGCCAGUUCUCCCCGAUUUUUGUCUGGCUUCUAAGGGACUUUUAUUUGGACUUAACCGAGGAUAAUAGGAAGAUAACACCUCGUGACUACCUGGAGAUUGCUUUGAGGCCUGUUCAAGGUGAUGUAAGAGACGUUGCUGCCAAGAACGAGAUUCGAGAAUCCAUUCGAGCUCUUUUCCCGGAUAGAGAUUGUUUCACUCUUGUUAGACCUUUAAGCAACGAGAACGAGCUUCAGAGACUUGACCAGAUUUCGUUGGACAAAAUGAGGCCAGAGUUUAAAUCCGGACUGGAUGCUUUAACUAAGUUUGUGUUUGAGAGGACUAAGCCAAAGCAAGUUGGGGCCACAGUUAUGACUGGACCCAUCUUUUCCCGUAUCACACAGUCCUUUUUAGAUGCUCUUAAUAAUGGCGCAGUGCCCACAAUUACCUCUUCAUGGCAGAAUGUUGAAGAAGCAGAGUGUGAAAGGGCAUAUGAAGCAGCUACAGAACUCUAUGUGUCCAUCUUUGACCGAACAACGCCUCCCGAGGAAGCUGCCAUGCGGGAAGCACAUGAAGAGGCUGUUCAGAAGGCGGUGGCUACUUUUAAUGCUAUUGCUGUGGGUGCUGGUUCUGCUAGGCAAAAAUAUGAAAAGCGUUUUCAUGGAUUUUUAAGAAAGGCUUUUGAGGAUUAUAAAAAAAAUGCCUUUAGGGAGGCUUACUUGCAAUGCUCAAAUGCCAUACAGAGCAUGGAAAAGGAAUUAAGAACAACUUGUCAGGCUCCUUCCACAAAAUUUGAUGAUGUUCUUAAGGUUCUUGAUCGGCUUUUAUCAAAGUAUGAAGCAACCUCACAUGGUCCAGAGAAGUGGCAGAAAGUAACUUUGUUCUUACGCCAGAGUUUGGAAGGUCCAAUCCUUGAUUUUGUCAAGAAACAAAUUGAUCAUAUUGCGUCAGAAAAGAAUUCGCUCCACCAAAAGUGCCGCUUGAUUGAAGAUAAAAUGGAAUUGCUUAGCAAACAGUUAGAUGCCAGCGAGAAGUACAAAUCUGAUUACUUGAAACGCUACGAGGAUGCUAUCAAUGACAAAAACAAACUCACACGAGAUUAUAUGAACAGAAUAACAAACCUUCAGAAAAACUCGAGCUCAUUGGAUGAAAGAUGUUCCAGUCUGUCAAAGACAAUCGAAACUACUAAACAUGAAUCAUUGGAAUGGAAAAGAAAAUAUGAAGUUUCCUUAUCUAAGCAGAAGGCAAUGGAAGACCAGGCUGGCUCGGAAGUAGCAAAUCUGAAGGCAAGAAACAGUACUGCAGAGGCUAGGUUAGCUGCUGCGCAAGAACAAAUCAUGUCUGCUCAAGAGGAGGCAGAGGAAUGGAAACGGAAAUUCGAUAUUGCUGUUAGAGAAACAAAGAGUGCACUUGAAAAGGCUGCUGCUGUACAAGACCGUUCAAAUAAACAAACACAACAGCGAGAAGAUGUUAUUAGAGCAGAAUUUGCUGGUACAUUGGCUGAUAAGGAAGCUGAAUUAAAAGAUCGGGCAGCAAAGCUUGAACAUGCUGAGCAAUGUGUAACCACAUUGAACUUGCAACUGAAGACCGCAGAGUCAAAGAUAAAGCAUUACGAUUCGGAUAUUUCUUUAUUGAAAAACCAAAUCAAGGAGCUGGGGGAAAGGUUGGAAAGUGCAAACUCCAAAGCUCAAUCUUAUGAAAGAGAAGCAAGGAUGCUGGAGCAAGAUAAACUUCAUUUAGAGCAGAAAUAUCGAUCUGAGUUUGAGCGGUUUGAGGAAGUGCAAGAAAGAUGUAGAAAUGCGGAAAAGGAAACCAAAAGAGCAACUCAGUUGGCCGAUACUGCCCGAGCAGAAGCAGUCACUGCCCAAAAAGAGAAAAGUGAGAUCCAAAGGUUAGCAGGAGAACGAUCAACUGAAAUUGCCCGUGCAGAGAGGCGUAUCGAGAAUCUUGAAAGACAAACAAAAGACCUGGCUCAUGAGUUGGAAACAUUCCGGGUUGCUGAAAUGGAAGCUGUAUCUAAAGUUAAAUUGCUAGAGUCGAGGGUCGGUGAAAGGGAGAAAGAGAUCGAGACAUUACUAGAAUCAAACAACAAACAGCGGGCUAAUACUGUACAAGUCCUUGAAAGCCUAUUAGAGAAUGAGCGGCUGGCCCGAGCAGAAGCUAGUAACCGGGCUGAAGCGCUUUCGGUUCAGCUGCAAGCUACCCAAGGGAAGCUUGACUCGCUCCAGCAGCAAAUGACUACAGUCCGCCUUAAUGAAUCUGCAUUGGAUGGUAAGCUCAGAACGGCUUCUCAUGGGAAACGGGUUAGGGUUGAAGAAAUGGGCACAGAUUCUGUUCAAGACAUGGAUGUUGAUGGAAGAAGAACAAGACUAAGCAAGAGGACUAGGAACUCAAUGAGCCCGUUAGGGGUUGUUCCUACAGAAGACGGUUCUGAGUUUAGAGAUGAUGAAGACAACAGCCAGAGUGAACAAGUCAACACUGAAGAUUAUACAAAGUUCAAAGUUAAGAAACUCAAGGAAGAACUCACCAAACGCGGGUUUGGUGACGAGCUGCUUCAAUUGAAGAAUCCCACCAAGAAAGACCUUUUGGCUCUUUACGAAAAAUGUAUUCUUCAGUAGCUGCGAAUCGGUAAAGGCUGUUGAUUCGUCUUUUUGUACCUAAAACAAGUAUAAAUUAUCAUGGAUUUUAGUGCGAUCUAGUUACAUUAUGAGUGUGUAAAGAACAUAGGUGAUAGGCGUUCGAAAUCAAAUAGCUGCAAACGAUAGAGUUGGGUUGUGUUUUUUUAUGACAGCAAACUUGCGUUUGUGUGCCUAGGGUUUUUGUAACUGGUGAGUUUGCUGUGUUGGUUUGGUGGUUUUUAAGUAUGGAGCCAGCUCCAGGAGUGAUGAUGUAUUGUGAUUAUGUGAUAGGCUCAUAAUUACUGUAGUUACUUAUUUAUCACUUGCAUGGUGUUUUGAACAAGUGAAUGUAAUUUGAAAUUGGCCACUAGCUAUAUAUUAUUAUUUUAUGUA